UCUGUUUUCCUUUUUUAUAAGAACAUAUACUUCUGUUUCUCGGUCAGACCACAGGAACACGACAGGAAGAGAUGUACCGGUACCUCUAAUUGCAUCCGUUUUUGCUUUUUCGAGUUUUGAGUAAAACGUCAACUAAAACUGGAAGUACACCAACUGUAUUCAUCCAUUUAAAAAGCGCACAGAGGGUUAAGCAGCAACUGACAGCCUUACAGUGCCACUGCCACACAUGCGCCAACCUCACCUGCGUCACGGACGGCGUGUGCCACCUGGCGGUCACCCGACAGGGCGGCGGCGUGACGGUCCAGCGCACCAUGUGCAUCGCCGAGAAGGACCUGAUUCCGCGCGACCGACCCUUUGUUUGUGCCCCCUCCCUGAAAGACGACACCGUCUACCCUGUGUGCUGCAGCACCGACCUCUGCAAUAAAAACCUCAACCGGAGCUUCUUCCCUGACCCCCCCUCAAAGACCCCGCCCCUGGGCCCCGUGGCGCUGGCAGCUAUGAUCGCAGCCCCCGUCUGCGUGCUGUGCUGCGUGCUGGUGCUGGCCUUCUACAUCUGCCACAGCCGGGCCGUCAUCCACCAGCGCGUGCCCAGUGAGGAGGACCCCUCGCUGGACCCCUUCAUCACCAUGGGCACCACCCUCAAGGACCUCAUCUACGACAUGACCACGUCCGGCUCCGGCUCGGGCCUGCCGCUGCUGGUGCAGAGGACCAUAGCCCGGACCAUCAUCUUGCAGGAGAGUAUCGGCAAGGGCCGCUUCGGCGAGGUGUGGCGCGGCAAGUGGCGGGGGGAGGAGGUGGCCGUCAAGAUUUUUUCAUCGCGCGAGGAACGUUCCUGGUUCCGAGAGGCGGAGAUCUACCAGACUGUCAUGCUACGGCACGAGAACAUCCUGGGCUUCAUCGCUGCCGACAACAAAGAUAACGGCACGUGGACACAGCUGUGGCUGGUGUCUGACUACCACGAGCACGGCUCGCUGUUCGACUACCUGAACAGGUACACAGUUACCGUAGAGGGCAUGAUCAAGCUGGCCCUGUCCACCGCCAGCGGACUGGCCCACCUGCACAUGGAGAUCGUGGGCACACAAGGCAAGCCGGCCAUUGCCCACCGGGACCUGAAGUCCAAGAACAUCCUGGUGAAGAAGAACGGGACCUGCUGCAUCGCUGACUUGGGGCUGGCGGUCCGCCACGACUCGGCGACGGACACCAUAGACAUCGCUCCCAAUCACAGAGUGGGAACCAAAAGAUAUAUGGCCCCAGAGGUGCUGGACGAUACGAUAAACAUGAAACAUUUCGACUCAUUUAAGAGGGCUGACAUCUACGCCAUGAGCCUGGUCUUCUGGGAGAUCGCAAGCCGCUGUUCCAUUGGUGGUAUCCAUGACGACUACCAGCUGCCUUACUUUGACCUGGUUCAGUCGGACCCCUCAGUGGAGGAGAUGAAGAAGGUGGUGUGCGAACAGAAGCUCAGGCCGAACAUCCCCAACAGGUGGCAGAGCUGUGAGGCUCUGCGAGUGAUGGCCAAGAUCAUGAGGGAGUGUUGGUACGCCAACGGGGCGGCUCGUCUGACAGCACUGCGCAUCAAGAAGACCCUGUCCCAGCUCAGCCAGCAGGAGGGCAUCAAGAUGUAGGCCAGGAGGGGUCGAAUAGUGCCCCCCAUGUUUCUUCAAAGCUGCUGCUCCUCCUCUGCCUCCUCCUCCUCGUUCUGGGAAAGAGGAACGAGCCAUUUGACAGAGGGUCCUCAGUCUGACCCCCCCCCCCCCCCCCCCCACCCAAACAUCUCAUCUCAGCGCCUAGACUACAAGGCUUCAGGAGAGGCUGUACUUUCCUACCUCACCGAGGUAACAGCGGCUGGAUCACUGACUGAUAGAGAAAGGCAGGCUUACAUCAUACAGGCGUUACCUCCAUCCUUCCCCUGAUUCUCCGUGGACUUCUCAUUGUGCCUCUGGACCACCUUCCCCACCCCUCUGAACACACAGAGCCUCCUCACCUCCCCCCUCAAGAGCCAUAGACCAGGGUUUAUUUCUAAUCACCUUUGGCUCUGUCCGGAGAAACUGCAGAAAGCCGAUACAGGGAAGGCAGAAGCGCCAUUACAAAACACACCUUAAACACGUGGUGUGUUUGCAUUGACCAGUGUGAAGAAAUAUCCCCCAGAAUGUUAUACAUAAUUGAUUCUCUGAAUGGGUGGAUGAAGUCUGUUACCUGGUUGCUAAGAACCAGUGUUUUAAUUCAUUUUUUUUUGUGCUUGGAAGUCGAUCAUCUGCUACAGGAUUGUCUCUUUUCAGAAGUGAUAGUGACAGAUUUGUGCUCACCCCUUAACCCAUAUGAUAUAGAUCAUUGUUUCAUUUUUUAUUUGAAUCAAACUCGACAUGACCUCAUUCAGUCUUGGCAAACAUGCUAUGACAUAUGCAAAAAUUAUAUAUACUUCUGUAUAUUUUAUGAAUUUACACCAGAAAGUGCCACUUCGGAAUCAGUCUCAUUGGCCCCCAUGCGUUUUUUUGUGUGUGCGUGUGAGAGUGUGUGCACAAACGUUUUCAGCGGAGUCAUACAGGUGUCGGCGGAUGGUAUGCAGUGUAUCGAUUAUCGACUGCCUAUGCCUGUCUCCUCUGGCCUGCCCCACCUCGUUUGGAAUCAGCUUGGGUCGGCUCUAAACUCCACCCCUUUUUUCUGGGCAGCGCUCUACCGUGUUGCUGAGACUUAUGGCUGCUCUCUUGCCGCCGAGCUUUGUCUGAACGGGGUGCGGUCAAAGCGUCGCUUUAAGAAAACACUUCUCAAGAUGCUGUACAAAUGUGCAUGUACAAAUGUGCAUGAUUUUUUUUUAACCUGCUGAAAUUAUGAACUCAUGAUUACAGUAAUAUAACAAAUAGACAUAUAUGUCGUGCCAUAGGUGUUACAGCAUUUUGUAGAUUUCCCCCCCAGGAUGGAGUGUGUGUGUGUGCGUGCGUGUGCGCGUGUGUGAGAGAGUGUGAGUGAGAGAGAGAGAUUUAAAAUUAACUAUGUUUAUGGUAAAUUACUUAAUUUGACCAAGCCUUAAGGGACCAAUGGAAGGCUUAAUUUUCCCCUUUUUUAAUCUGUUUAUUAAGUAGGUACUAUGAUCUGUAUGACAAACAAGUAAAACUAAAACGGAAUAAAAGAGUGUUGUGCUUUUACCGUAUUAUUGUAUCCAUAGCCAUGCAGACCGAAACUGAAGACUGGUCCUUUUCUGCACACUUGAAAGUUGUUACUGUCGGUACCUCACGCUGCUGUAUUCAGGAUGCCCUUUAAAGAAAACCUCACUUUGUUGGUGAAGAAUAUUCGUAAAAUUUUAGCGGGCAAACAAAUGAAAAUGCAUAUACGAAAACACUGUUCAUUCAUUUUUAACCGUUGUUUUAAUGGCAACAAGUGCACUUGUGGGGAAAACGUCGCAUGUGUAAGCGCAGUCAUGCGGCCACGAGUUAUCGUUCAUUUUCUUUAUGUAUAUUUUGAAGCCACUGUGCUGCUAUUGUUUGUGCGAGCAAGGACAAAGAGGGAACAACACUCCUUAUCGGCAGCUGCGUUGUUACAUACGCCCUUUAGUAGGUGUGCCACUAACAUUUAGUCCUGAGCCUGUUAACAAUGGUAUGGGGCAGCCACAACUUUAAAGGUCUCGAUUAUAACGAAUUAUUAUUUAGUUAAUGAAAAUUCUUAAUUAAGCAGUUACUUUUAUACAAGUGUGAAUGGUACCAUUUUGUCCUGAAAUCGACUCUUCAAAUGAUGCCAGUACUAUUUUGAUUCGUUUUGAAAAUGUAUACGUUCAGAAUUAAGUAUUACACAUUAGUGUUUUGGUGUUAAAAUGGGUCAGCAGCUGUUGCCUGUACUACUAAGCGGGGUUACUGGCUUAUCGGGGUAACUUGUCGGAUUUAAGGUAGUCUGGGCAAAAAUGUAAGUGAACGCAUAAGAAGUCCAUUUAAACUGUGGUACCUUAAAUCCGACAAGUUACCCCGAUAAGCCAGUAACCCCGCUUCGUAGUACAGGCCACUGGAGAUGUAAGCUUAUCCUAACCUAUGAACGGUGAGAUGCGUGUUGCGUCUUACCUUAUUAACACACAAUGGUCAGUGGUGCAAAUAUAUUUUUUAUUUUUAGAGAGAACCAGUAGCAAGCCACAUGCUCUGGGACACGGCAUUUUCAUUAUACCCAGCUACUUCAGCCACGGGUAGCUCAUUUCUGCGCAACGUGCCACUACUUAACCACCAGCAGCCUUUUUUGUUUUAUAUCAAAGUUAACCAAGCUGAAACAUACACAUCCAGGUAUUCCUCAGCGACAUGCAGGUAUCUAUAUGGUCCUGAUCGGACCAGCACACCAGCUAUGACUUAAACCAUAUGUACACCUCUGGUUUCUUUAGCGGAGGCUUGUCGAGCCUUAAGUGUGUGUACAGCAGCGACAUUCUUUUUCUUUGGAGGGGAAAGGGUACGGUCAGACAGAUUAAUUAACCGGCAGGCUGCGACCCAAAAUCCGAAAGAGAUCCGGCGACCCCACGGGUGAGUCGCUGUCUAGCGGGUCGCAGUCGAUUCAUUCAUAUUGCGCACGACGAAAUAAACGUGACAGCGCGCAUGCGUCAGUCGGUUUCUGUCGGAUGUUUGCAGGCGCAAAUACCUGGUCAUCGAGGCCCAGGGCCGGAGAGACCAAGUUAUAUUUCCGAUCGGGAAAAGGAACGGCUGCCGUCUGAACGGCGUAAUUGUGAGGAAGGAAAGAAUGAGCCUCAGGUCACAAGGGGGUGUAAUUAGCUUUAAACCUGCAAGGUUUUUUUUCCCCUCUUUUUUUGACUGAGACCAUUGUGUACAGAUAGAGGAAAGCUUUUACAUUUUUAGUGCCUAUAGUUUGAUUAUAUUUUUAACUGAUCUUUUCCACCUGGAAUGAUGCACUGCAUGAACCGAAUUCUGACGUUUGCAUCACUUUUUAUAAUUUGUAAAUAGAAAUAUUAUCGAUGUUUAAAAUAUAAAAAAAUGGCUUAUGUGUUUACCUCAUUGUACAUAAACAUAUGUUUACUUUGGAAGUUUGCUUUCUUUUCUAAGAAACUUAAAUAGUAAAUUACAUCAGCCGGUAACACUAGUCAUGCAUUGUAUUGUGUUUCUGUUUUUCCGGAAUUGGCUAGUCGUUACGGAAUACUCAAUUUUCUGUAUUUGAAAGCUUUUCUCAAGUUAAUUACGCGGUUUCUGAGUGGAGGCGAAUGUAAGGAAUACAAUGCAAAAUGUCUUGUUUACUUUGGGUAAAUGCAUUGAGUUCUUUGGUGUGUACGAGGAAUGAAUUAUGAGAAAUGGGGAACAUAGCGAUGACUGAUGCUUAAGUUCUAACAGUGCUUGUAGAAAGUUGCAAAAAUAAAAUAUGUUUACUUA